UUGGUCCGGCGGCUUCUGGGAUCUGUCAUGUGUCCCAGGUACCGCCUUACCAUUCACAAAGAGCACUGCUUCUUGCGCAUGCGCACUUGGGACCCGGCUGUCACGCACACUACAGAAGCCGGGAAGACAGCGCGCCGCUGGAUAGAGGGACAGGUACGGUCCCACUGCAGAGCUGAGCGGCCGGCCCGGGAUUCUGACACGGCGGCGUAUGUCCACAGUCUCUGGUCAUCUCCUGUACUAUGUCUGCAGUCUCUGGUCAUCUCCUGUACUAUGUCCGCAGUCUCUGGUCAUCUCCUGUACUAUGUCUGCAGU